GAUUGCCUGGCAUAAAAAAUACUACACUACGAUCACCCCGUAUCUGUCGCUGCCCAGUCCCACCCCUUCCCAUUUUGAAAUCCAAAUUGCAACAAAUCCCGAACCAAAGUAGGAGAGAGAGAGAGAGAAGAGAGAGAGUGAAGGUUUUUUCAGCUACUCCAAUUGACAGAGCGACGAGGGAGAAAAGACAGCCCAAGAUCUGCUUAUAGACCCAAUUUACUCCAUCCCUACAUCAAGCACCCCGCAAUCUCCAAUCAUGCCAUCGGGUGCAAAGAGGAGAAAAGCUGCUAGGAAGAAGCAGCAAAAGCAAACCAACAAUAACAGCUCUGCUACUCUCUCUCAUGGAGAUGAUGAUUUGCAAGUUCAUUAUGAGAAAGAGAGUGACGGAGGCGACACUGGCUCUCCUACUUCACAGGACAACCAUAACCACCAGCACGAGGGAGAGGAGGAGGAGAUGGAGAUGGAGAUGGAGAAGAGAGAAGACACUUUAUCAGUACGAUCAAUUAUUGCUGAGAAUGAACCCUUGAUAGGACUUAACGGCAAUGGAGAGGAUACACAGAAAAGGGAAAUGGAAAUGGAGGGGAACAGUGCUGUUCAAAUAAUAGACUGGGAGUUGGAGCCAGAGGAUGAAUCUGGAAGAAAGAAUGGUUGUGUGGAGUUUGUUGAGUCUUUGAAGGAAUCAAAUGGUGGGCAUAAGUCCCAAGAUGGUGGGACCUCCAGCAGCAGCUCCAGCUCAAGCUCCGAUGAUGAGUCCAAUGUUGUUGAGAAGAACAUAGUGGUGAUAGAAUCAGGGGAAUCAAAAGAGGAAGCUCCUUGUUUUGUUGAAGAAAGAACUACUAUUGCUGAUCUAAUAAAGACUACUGAUUUGCCUCAAGUAACUCAAGUUACUGAUGAUGUUCCGACUAUGGAUGUUUAUGAUUUGGCGGUGGAUGAGGCUUAUGAUCCUAUUGCAUUAAAGGGGGAAACUGCUACUUCUGCUGAUCCAGUAAAGACAACUGAUUUGCCUGAAAUAACUCAAGCCACUGAUGGUGUUCCGGUUACAGAUGCUUAUAAUAUCUCUGUGGAAGAGCCAACAGAAGAGGCUUAUGAUGCUGUCGCCAAAAAUGCCUUUCCUGUUAAUUUAGUCGACACAUCUGAUUUUCCUGAAAUUACCCAAGUUGCAGAUAGUUUGCCGGAUAGUGAGGCUUACAGUUUGGUUGUAGAGGAACCCUCUAAUUUAGUCAUAGAAACUGUCCCUCCUGUGGACUCGGAGACUGUAUCUAAAGACGUGGUUCAAGUAAAUGAUAGCACUCCACACUCUACUGAUUCGGAAUUUGAGUUGAAGAAGAAUGGAAAUGAUGAUGGUUCACGGGUGUCACCAGUUGUGAUGGAUACUGGAUCACAACUGGUAAAUGACAGCACGGCAAUGGAGAAUCAUGCUUGCUAUGAUUUUGGAUAUGUAUUGAAGGAAGAUGGAGAGAAUGAGAGUUCAGGACUUUCACAGGUUGUGAUGGAUACUGGAUCACAGCCAGAGGAGGAUAAAGUGUCUCCUGCCACAGUUGAGUAUUCUGGAGUAACUCGAGUUACAGAUAGUAUUCCAGAUAUUGAGGCUUGUAGUUUAGUUGCCAAGGAACCCUCUAAUUUACUCGUGAAAACUACCCCUCCUAUUAGCUUAGAGAAUGUAUCUGAAGUGGUGGUUCAUCCAAAUGACAGCACGCCAGUGGAGAAUCCCGAGCGUUCGGGUGAUUUUGAAUCUGGUUUGAAGGAAAAUGGAGAAAAUGAGGGUUCCGGGGUUUCACAAGUUGUGAUGGAUACUGGAUCACAACUGGUAAAUGACAGCACACCAAUGGAGAAUCCUACGUGCUCUGGUGGUUUGGAAUCUGGGUUGAUGGAAAAUGGGAAAAUUGGAACUUCAGGAGGUUCACCUGUUUUGCCGGAUGCUGAAUCACAACCAAAAGAGGAUAUAGUGUUGCCCAGCACAGUUAAGUAUAUUGCACCGUCGUCAGUUGCGAUCGGAUCUGCAGUAAAAGAUGAUAAAGAGAGACUGAUGCUAUCAUCCAGUGUUCCUCCACUUGAAAAUAGUAAUGGUGCGGAAAACAAUAAAGAUCAAAUGACUACUGAAUGCUCUGAUAGCCAGCCUUUGGUAGCUUCUGCCCCACGACCAGUGCACAAAACUUCCUGGAUUGGUUGCUGUGGACUGUUUGAGUUGUUUAAGGGCUCCAAUGCAUAAUAUCAGAACAGACCAUGAAGGAGCUGGAGCGGAUGGGUGGAGCUAUUGAACAUUCAAGGCGAACUUUGGGGAAAGUUUGUAACUUUCUUUUCAAGUUUCUAUUCAGAAGUAUAAAAAGCAAGUGGCGUCACAUACAAACAAUCGCGAAGCUUAUGUAUUUUAGUGCUAUUAUGGAAGGCAGUUGAAGUCCGUCCUUUUUGUGUACUGCGCUCUUGUUGAUUUUGCAGCGGGUAGUACUUUUCCAUUGUUGUUGGUGUGCUAUAUCUAUAGCUGGAGUAUAUAUUUUUGUGAUGGAUGGGAAAUUUGCAUAAUGCAGAACUACAAAAGGUCUGUUUGGUAUC